AUUUUAGAAAAACGGGAAUGAGUAAAAGAUGGUUUCGUCGUAUCAGCUCGAGGGUAUCUCUUGAAUGAAUACAUGAAGAACGUAUAAAAAUUGCGAAAUUGUGUUUCUGUUACUUACCGUUUUUGGAUUAAAUUCGACGUUGCUCAGCUCUCUAGACAAAGCUCUCCAUGUAUAUUCCUUGUAUAUUUAUUAAUGUGGACGUCAACUGCUGAACAAGUCGGCAAACUCCAUUAUGGGGUUUCAAACCCUGGAGAUUCUCAGACAGGGAGUGUGGGCCUCUGUAACGGGAGGAUUUUUCUACGAUCCUCAUCAUGACCUCUUCUGCAACACAUUCCACUUUUAUACGUGGAUUUUUCUUGUUCUGUCACCCUUCUUGGUUCACUUGUGGUCUAGUUGUACGUGGUAUCCUUGGGUGGCUUACGCUGGUGCUGUUCUGAUUGCAUUUGCUGCAAUCAAAAUAAUCAAUCUGCGAUUGCAUUUGAUGUUUGACACCAGUGAAUCUAUUGAAGAACAACCACAAGAUAUACAUAGGCAGCGACACAAAGGCAACCAAGCAAACAGUGAUUUUGAAGAUAUUGAGCUGCAAGUGCUGAAUGCCAAAGAUUCUCGUUGUGACAGUGUCUCGCCAACAGUGCCUGACAUUUGUUUUCAUUCAGAACCGAACCAAAGUCCGCAAGGACGACCUAAUCCUUCAACGGCCGAAGCUAUUGUAGGAUUGUCUACUGCUGCUACAGCUAGCAACGAUCAACAUUGUGAUGUAAAAGUCGACGUUCAUCGCAAAAGUAGUUCGGCCAGCAGUGAGCCAGCCAUUGUGGUCAACGAUGCCCAGACGGAGAAGACAUCUCGACAGUCAGUCGUCAAACUGAAGGGGCAGUCAUUUGCGGACGACGAUGAUUCAUUCACGCCUGAAGCCAUGACUUCACUCAAAUCGAUGGACUCGGAGGAGGCCGAAAGAGCACAACGAAGUUGUCUUCGACCAUCCACUGGGGGCCGACGCUUCUCAAAUAUCUCGAAUCUGGCUUUUGAACUCAGUAGGACUACUAUUUCAGCACCACGUCUUCAAGGGGGAGGAUCUUUGGAGCUAGGAUUUGUUCUAGAAGACGGACCAGCCCAACUGACUAAUAAAAGCGCUUCCCGACCUUCGGGCAAUGGGGGUUUAUCAUCUGUUCGACGAACUCUUAGCGCCCUUGAAACAUCAUGUGGUUCAGCCGAUCCGUCAUCAACCGCUUCGGCUCCUCAAAAUGUUGGAGGAGUAAUGAGCUAUGCAAUAUGUAAUCCCAUUAAAGAGCAUCAAAAUGCUGAACAGUCUCACCAACAGAGAGAAGCUGAACGAGAAAGUGAUCUUUCUAUCUGCGAGGAUGGUGCGGUGGCUGCAGCUCAAGCGACAACGCCUACUGAGCGGAGUCCUCUACUAGUCCAACCUACUGCUGAACCGAGUACCGAACUUCCAGAUUGGGCCGCUUUUUUGACAAGCACGCCCAUGCAAAAGCAACAACAACAGAAACCCAUCAGCAGUAGCGCCAGUAGCAGCACCACGGCAAGUCAAGAUGCUUUACAUAGUCUGAAUGUAUCGCGAACCCGACAACUCUUUGCGUUGUCUCCAAUGCGAACUCAUCCCACCACUUCUGCAGAGCAUUCUACAGGUCGAUGUGCCCAUCCUCCACUUCGAGAUUUGGACACACCGACAUCUAAUUCAAGUUCGAGCAGCACCACGGAUAGUACAGAAGGCGAAGCUGUUCGACUUCUACCUCUUCCUCCUCGAUCCUUGCCUCAGUCAGGAGAAGCGCUUCCUUUACGCUCACCUCCGACUCUUACCACUUCGAUUAGCACUACUAUUUCCACGUCAUCUCUACCUCAGGUUCCAGCAUCUGGAGAUCAAGGAGUUAUCCCCAAACGUCGUCAACAUUCCGGAACGUGCCAAAUUGAAGAGGAGUCGGAAGAAGAAGAAAUAGUUGCAAAUUCUACGGGAUUGCAAGAUGAAUUAAGUCAAUUCACUCCACCGAAGAGGCGAAAAUUGGCGGCCAGACGAAGGCGACACCCAGCUGGUGAUUCGUGUAGCAGUAAUACAAUGGCGAUGUUAGAAGAUGAAACGUGUGGAAGCAGUAGUGCCGGCGCAACCGGUCAAAAUCGUAACCGUAAACAGUGUACCAAUCGGCCGCGCCGAAGACGACGAGCAAAUGCUUUCUAUGCGUCCAGUGUUCCUUCUGAAAGAAAGGACCAAGAAGUGAAGCGACCGGCAGAAGCGGCGUGUCUUCCUUCUACAUUCGUUUUACCUCCGUCUACUUUUCCGUGGUUUUCUGGCACCGGCACGCAAACAGCAGAUGUUUCAACCAAUUCUGGAGCAAACGUUUCCACGGCGACCAGAAUCACCCACUUAUCUACACCUGGAAACAGCACAAUGGCCGGUGAUCAUCUGAGUAGUUCAUCCAUCAGUUUGAGCUCUGCGUUGACAGUAGUCGUUCCGGACAGUCCAACUGUGUUGUUUCAACCUUGUCCAAAGGAAAGGCGGCGCGAGUCGGAUCGACCAGAUCGACUAAGAAGUCGUAACAGCCGAGAUCGAGAUCGAAGGAGUCACGAGGCUGGAUCAAGCACGUCUAACCCAGCCGCAAUGGAAGCAGCUAAUGUGGCUGAAUAUUUCGGAUCUAACACAAUGCAGUACCUGCUGUACAACCUCCAUACUGGUCGUAGUCCAUUACAAUUUAUUAGUGCAACUCAUCUUGGUCCGGGAAGUGGAGAACGCCAUCAUGGCCAUCCUACUCGUCAUCACCACCAUCAUAACCCGUUUGGCCUGCCUAAUAUGGUGGAUAGUGUGGCUGAAGCUUUGGGUCGUGUCAACAGUCUACCCAAUGCCAACAACAACCACAAUGAAGCCGUCAGGUUACGAAUAACGGGCUCUGAGCCGGAAGAACUUCAAUCACCUCCCAUUUUGCCUCUUGUAAAAACGCGGCGUUAUUACCGUUUCCAGUUAUGGCCACGUUGCCCAUGGUCUACAUCUCACACUUCGGGUUCUAUAAAAAUUCGCUUUGAUCGUUUAGCACUUCUGGCUUUGCUUGAUCGGAAUGUGUCAUCUUGGGAUAGUGCCCUUUGCGUUCUCUUAGCAUUGACUGUUAGUAUUUUGACGGCCCUAGUACUUCGCUCUGGACUUCUUCAAGACGCCUACGCCUUUCUCUUUUGCCUGGUCUGUGCCGGAUGCCAGUACUCGAUGCUCAAAAGUGUUCAGCCGGAUGCAGCUUCACCAACUCAUGGCUUUAAUCGACUGGUGGCUUUUAGCCGCCCCGUCUACUUUAUCGUUUUGGUCUCACUUCUCCUGCUGGCCGAUUACUACGCCACCAGCCGCGUUGGCCGAUCUACUUAUCUUUAUGGUGUGGAAUGGGGCAGUCCCGAACAAUUAUUAGCCCUCAGAAGUUUUUUGUUGCUCCUCAUUCUUGGAUUUCCUGUCAUCUUCAGCUUGGGUUUAUUACCGCAAAUUUCUACUUUCGCCGUUCAUAUACUUGAACAGCUGGACAUCCACGUCUUCGGAGGAACGGCCGUCACCGGUCUCAGUUCAGCUGUUUUCGUCAUAUUUCGUUCGUGUUUCCUCGUAGCUAUUCUCUACGGCCCAGCAUUUGCUGGUCUCAAAGAACCAGCCAGCUCACAGCAUAUUCUCUUUUCUGCAUACUGCGGCCUUUUGGUUGCUACUUGCUAUCACGUCAGUCGUUGCUCUUCGGAUCCGUCUACUCUGUGGGGUUGGAUUGUCCAGUUUGCCACCCACAAGGACGUUAUUGGAACAAAAGAAGAUUCAAAACCAGAAGAAAAAGUGUUGCCGAAUGAAGAAGAAGAGGAAGAAGAUUCGCUCCCUCGGCGAAUGCGGGAAACGGUUGUUGCCCGACUCCGUUCCGACGCUAUUGUUUGCCCGUUAGUGGCCAUCUUGGUAUUUGGUGUCCAUUGCAGCACCGUGUUUACCAGCCGACAAUUACAACCCAUCCUAGGUCAGGUGUUAUGGAUGGCUCCAUCCGCGCUGGGUCUCUUGCUUCAUUAUCUCGUCCCACAAUUGAGGAAACAACUACCAUGGCUCUGCUUCUCCAGACCACUGAUGCGCUCACACGAGCACAAUCAGUUUGAAGUUCACGAACCAGCACGUCUCAUGUGGUUCGAGCGGACGUACUUAUGGCUGACUAUGCUGGAGCGCCACGUUCUUCUUCCUGUUCUCUUUUUGGACGUAAUGACACGAGAUUCUCCGGUGCUGGUAACCAAAUUUGGCGUGCCAGCUGGGACGCUCUUAGCCGUUGUUUGCGGUACCAAAGCCGUUCGGUCCUGUCUGACAGACCCGUCAUCUCAAUAUCUCAUCAUUACCUUUGCCAAGUUACUGUUUGGCAAAGACUUAGCCAACGCUGGUUAUUCGGAGACUUUUCUUGUGGAUUAUUUUGUCGUCAGCUUGUUGAUGAACAAAGUGGCAGAAUUACUUCUAAAAAUCCAAUUCAUCAUCACGUACAUCGCACCGUGGCAGAUCACUUGGGGUUCCGCUUUCCACGCCUUCGCCCAGCCAUUUAGCGUACCCCAUUCCGCUAUGCUCUUCGUCCAGGCUGCGGUUUCAUCGUUGAUUUCGGCCCCGUUAAGUCCGUUUCUUGGUAGUGCUAUUUUUUUUACAUCCUACACCCGACCCAUCAAAUUCUGGGAAAGGGAUUACAAAACACGCCGAGUAGACGCUUCUAAUACCCGCUUGGCCAGUCAACUGGAACCGACGAGAAACCCAGGAGGAGAUGACAAUAAUCUUAAUUCAAUCUUUUACGAGCACUUAACGCGAUCACUUCAACAAUCUUUAGCUGGUGAUCUCAUGCUCGGUCGUUGGGGUGGUCCCAUCAGUCAGGGCGACUGCUACGUGCUGGCAUCGGAGAACCUUAACUGUCUCGUCCAUCUAGUCGAAUUGGGCAAUGGAGUGACGACUUUCCAAGUGCGCGGGUUGGAAUUUCGAGGAACUUAUUGCCAACAACGCGAAGUGGAGGCUAUAUCGGAAGGUGUUGAAGAAGAUGAUACGUGUUGUUGCUGUGAGCCUGGCCAUUUACCGCACAUGCUUGGGGGUAACGCUGCCUUUAACCAAAGAUGGCUAGCCUGGCAGGUUAUGGCCACAAAAUAUGUGCUAGAAGGAUACAGCAUUUCAGAUAACAAUGCAGCUAGUAUGCUGCACGUGUUUGACUUGCGCCGGAUUCUCGUCACUUACUAUGUCAAAAGCGUUAUAUACUACGUAACCCGGUCGCCCAGACUAGAAGAUUGGUUGACGAAUCCAUCGAUUGUCGAGGCACUCCAGUCUAUGUCAUCGGAUCGCUCUUUCGCUGAUUUGGAUCCGGUCUUUAAUAUCAACAUCGACGAAGAUUACGACUAUCACGUGCCUGGUAUUACUCGCUUUAGUUUUUGUUCCGUCUACCUCAGUUGGAUCAAGUACUGUGCUGGGCGCCGUGAAAAACCCGUUGAUAGCGGUCGCGACUCGCUGCUCGUUUCGCUUUGCCUAGCACUUAGCCUACUGGGUCGUCGAGCCCUUGGCUCAGCUGCUCAUUCGGCCUUAUCCAGCGUUGAAUUCUUCUUAUACGGCCUUCACGCUCUCUUCAAGGGGGAUUUUCGAAUCACCUCCUUCCGCGACGAAUGGGUUUUUAAUGACAUGGAAUUGUUACGUCGGGUUGUUGCGCCGGGUGUGCGGAUGUCGCUCAAGUUGCACCAAGAUCACUUCACGUGCCCAGAUGAAUAUGACGAUCCCAGCGUUCUCUACGAAGCCAUCAGCGGACAUGAAGAGAAACUAGUGAUUUCUCAUGAAGGAGAUCCAGCUUGGAGGCGAGCCGUCUUGUCAGGUGUUCCUUCGUUGCUUGCCUUGCGACACGUCGUCGAUGACAAUUCAGACGAGUAUAAAAUCAUCAUGCUAAACAAGCGAUUCCUCAGCUUCCGCGUUAUUAAGUUGAAUCGUGAGUGUGUCCGGGGUCUAUGGGCUGGACAACAGCAAGAGCUUGUCUACUUGAGGAAUCGUAAUCAGGAAAGAGGAAGCAUUCAAAACGCCAAGCAGGUGUUGCGAAAUAUCAUCAACUCCUCUUGUGACCAGCCUAUUGGUUAUCCGAUUUACGUUUCCCCGCUGAUGACUUCAUUCGCCGAAACGCAUCCACAAAUCCGAAGCACCUUAGGUGGUCCAUUGAGCUUACAGGCCAUUCGAAAGGCCGCUCUUGUCUUUUUCCGAAGAUUGAGAACACGUUGUGGAGAAGGCUGUUCCAGUGGCGGAUCAGGAGGAGGAGUAGGAGGUUCUGGAGGGGUGCAGUGUGCCGAUGUAGAAAUUAGCUUGGAAAAUCUUCGCUCCAAUUUGGUGCCAACCACGACAGCAACAGGAAGCUUGAAUGGUAAUACUGCAACGGCAUCUGUUGGAAGAGGGUAUCCGGCAUUCACAUGUAGCUUCACGGGAUCAACUAGCAGCGCACUCGGACCAAUGGGCUUAGGAACCUACGCCGCGUUAAAUGCUUCUAAUGCCGGAAUGAAUUCGUUUGCGUUCAACACGGCAAGAGGAUCGAGUCCACGUAGUUCAUUGGGCACCCAAAGAGGUAGCAUUGCCUCGACGAUGAGCGGGACAUUGAGAAAACCGUCCGGCUCCACUCUCAUAAGCCUAGCAGGAAUGCUGGCCGAAAGGGAUUCAGUCACAGCCGCUGCCGCCGCCGCGACGACCACUUCGACGCCCAUGGGAAGUGGGACGUUAAAUGGAAGUGCUCCAUCCGUCCGUGAAAGACGUCCCAGUCGUGGUUCCGAGUCUCAGGAACGUGAUGUUCGUUUACGUCGUACAGCACCAGAAUCUAGUAGUAGCGCUACAGCUCGACAGAGAAAUUCUUCCGGUAGAGGUGGCGAAGAAGAAAGACGUGGUGCAAGAGAAAGGAGUCGCAGACGAGAUCGUUCUAGACGCGACCGUUUCGACAGACUUGAAACUGUCGACACUGACCGACCUCUGUACGAAACGGAGCCGUUUAUGGACAACAGGAUUUCUGUCGACCAACGAGUCAAGAUUGUCGAUCCCAAUCAAGUCUACGAUACCAUUAAUCUGGGCCGACGAAUUGAUGUUCUCUGGCCAAGUCCAACAAUUCGUAACCAAGGUGGAAAAUCUUAUUGGAAAUCAUGGCUUCCCGAAGUGGGUAUGGAAGGACAGGUGGUACAUCGUUGGGUGCCUAAUCAUCCAGAUUCGCGACAAAGAUCGCACGUGGAUCGCGUCAUCCUUCUCUUGAAAAUAGACGAUAAAUACGUCCCAAUCGCCGAAUCGGCGGUCGAAAUUGCAUCAUUGGUUAGUGUCAACAUCGGGGAUUCUAUCGUCGUUAAUGAUACUAAGCUUAAAACCCAGGGAGUUGCUGAUUGAAAUUCCCAAACGCCGCAGUGUUUUUUUUUCGAGUCCAUUAGGCUCAUCGUUGUAAUAUGAAACGGUAUUUUGGUUUGAAUGUGAACCCCGAAAUUUGUUCACGAACCUUGUUUUGUAAAUAAUGUUUGUGUUAUGCGGAAAUGCUAUGUGUUAUUUGACAUUGACUAGGAAAAACCACUGUGAUUUGAAAACAUUGUCAAUAACGUUUACCGAGUUUUUCAAAUGUCGAAUGAAAUUUGAAAUUGAGUAAUUCGAAACAAAUAAACUUUUGGAUUGUUUGUAGUCUAGGAACUA